UGGCACCGCCGCCGCUUUCAUGUGUCUUCCUUUCAAUCUUCCAUUCGCGAAGCAUUUUUUCGUUCCGUCGGUUCUCCAUGUUGCGAAAUCGGUUCAAAAUUGUUGGCAUUUCGGUGUAAAAAGUGCAUCUAGGCUUACUGGGUCUGCCACGGAACGGAAGAUCGUGCGAUCGGGAAUCCGGAUCAAGUGGAAAAUACGGUUCAAUCCGGCGAUAAAGAGUGUAGUUCGAAAGUGUUUCUGCUGCCCUUUGGUACGGCGUCUUGGUCUUCAUGUUUUUUCGUGGAAUCAUUUCAUGAGCAGGCUCGUGAAAAGUGGAAAUUUUUAUAAGUUUGAUCAAAGUUUUCUCGGUUUUGUAUUUGUUGUGCGGCCUCAGUAAACUCGUACGAUGUCCCUGCGGCAGUUCCGGAAACCGGGGACAAGUGGCUCCAAUGGAACUGUUACGCCGAGUUCCGGCCCAGAUGACAAAAAGCUCGAACUGGUUCCUGGUCGGCAACGCAUUCAAGCGAUGGUAGACAGUGAAAGCGAAAGCGAGUGCAGCAGUACUCCAACAAAGGCAGUUACGGACAAGGUGAUUGUUUCGCCUGUCCCGAUUCCUACGGUUGGAGCGGUUUCAUCCACCACCACCAGUCCAGCAGCCUCACAGAAUGGGACCUCCGCGGAUGCUUCCUCUCCGGCGCCGGUUCUCACAGUCAGAGACAAGGAGCUCUGCCUACAGAAAGUUCGAGCUGAGCGACCCGACGUAGACACGAUGAUCGUCCAAGACACCUUGGUAAAGCACAAGUGGGACGUGGAGAAGACUCUGGAGGAUCUUAAAAACAAUACGUACAACAAAAAGCGUAUCUAUGAGCAAUCCCCAGUAGUACCAGGCCAGAGAACUGCCAUCAUGACGAACAGUAAUUCUCGGAACAAUCCGCCCAAGAAACGUCGCGUCGAUGACGUGGAUGGCGGAAGUGACAGUGAAGAUGAAUCGGGUAAACAGCAGGAUAGGGUCUUCGACAGCGAUGACGAGAGUGACGAUGGGGGCAAUUAUGGCAUGUCGAGGGAUCGGAAGGGAGUUUUUGAAUUCCUGAAUAAUGCUACGGCGAACGAGUUGACGGCUGUUAAAACCCUCUCCACGAAAAAAGUGGAUCUCUUAAUGGAGCAACGGCCGUUUAAAAGCUGGGACGAGCUGGUGGACAUGCUCAAGACUCACAAGAGUUUAAAAACAGACAUCCUCAAUCACACGCAGGGGUAUUUGACGCAAAGAAAUAAUCUGGUGACCAUCAUGAAUAAAUGUAGGAAGAUGUGUCAAAAGCUAGAGUCGGCAAUUGCGUCCGACAAAGGUUCAAUGGAGCAACCUUCUAACAUUCCCGAGGAACUCAAACUUGCCGAGUAUCAGCUAGUUGGCUUGAAGUGGCUGUCCGUGAUGCAUCAUAACGAUAUGAACGGUAUUCUGGCCGAUGAAAUGGGUCUUGGCAAAACAAUCCAAGUCAUUGCAUUCCUCGCUUGGUUGAAGGAGAACGACCUCAUCAAACAUCCCCAGCUGAUUGUGGUUCCAUCAUCCACGUUGGAUAACUGGGACAAUGAGCUCAGGAAAUGGUGCCCGGAAUUGAUUAUUAUGAAGUACUACGGCAACCAGGAGGAACGGAAACUUAUUCGAAUCGAUUGGGCCAAGAACGGCAUAUCCGAUGUGGACGUCGUGUUGACCACGUACCACAUGAUGGGGGCUUCCGGUGAGGAGAAGAAAAUGUGGAGAGUAACUCCCUUCCAGUAUGUGAUAUUUGAUGAAGCCCACAUGUUGAAAAAUAUGACCUCGCAGCGGUACGAAAAUCUACUGAGGAUCCGAGCGGAACGGCGCAUUUUGCUGACCGGUACUCCACUUCAGAACAACCUUCUGGAGCUGAUGUCGCUGUUGUGCUUUGUCAUGCCCAAAUUGUUCGGAGGCAAAGUCGAAGACAUCAAAGCACUGUUUCAACGGAUUAAAACAAAGGACAGCGGAGAGGAUCAAACGACAUUUGAGAAGAACCAGAUUGAACGGGCCAAGCAAAUUAUGAAACCCUUCAUACUGCGGCGAUUGAAAAAAGAUGUGCUUAGCUUCUUGCCCCCAAAGACAGAGCAGAUUAUGAAAGUACCUAUGCUCGACUCGCAGAAGGAGAAAUACGCGGAUUUGAUUACCGAGUACCAGAAUGCAACGGGUUUGUUCAAAAGCAGUACGGAGAUUAGUGGUAUGUCGAUCAUGAUGGACAUGCGUAAGCUCGCCAACCAUCCGUUACUUCUUAGGUACUAUUUUUCGGACGCAGAAGUUCGCAAAAUCGCCCGAAAGUUGGCCGGCGACUCUGACUGGAAGAACAAAAACAUCGAUGAGACGUUCCAAGAUAUUGCAUAUCUAUCGGACUUCAAAUUGUUGCAGCUUAAAGAUAAAUACACUAGCCUAUACGAUCUGCGCAUACCCGAUCAGCUGAUAGUAGCGUCCGGCAAGUUCCGGCAGUUGGAUGAGCUACUCCCCAAACUGAAGAGCGAAGGGCACCGAGUUUUGAUCUUCAGUCAAUUUGUCAUGAUGCUGGACAUCAUGGAGAAGUACCUGGAUAUCCGGAAGCAUGGGUUCCUACGGCUGGACGGUCAAACGGCAGUUACAGAGCGACAGGAGAUGAUCGAUCUUUACACGCAGGAUCCAAACAUUUUCGUGUUCCUGCUGUCGACGAAAGCCGGUGGCUUGGGCAUUAAUUUAACUGCGGCUGACACGGUAAUCAUCCAUGACAUUGACUUCAAUCCGUACAACGACAAGCAAGCCGAGGACCGGAGUCAUAGGAUGGGACAAACGAAACCUGUAACUAUUUAUAAGCUAGUAAGUGAUGGAACGAUCGAAGAAGGAAUGCUCAUGAUCGCCCAAGAGAAGCUGCAGCUGGAGAAGGAUGUGACUGAUGAAGACGUCGACAAGAAGGAAGAGCACAAGUGUAUGGUCCGGCUGCUGACGAUGGCACUUGGCAUGGAUAAGAACAAGGCGGAAACUAUUCUCAAGAACGAAUCCCCCAAAAAGAACCACCAGGAGGAAGACUUCUAACCCUUUAGUGUUUCCAAACUUUAUUUAAUUUUACUUGGCUACCAUUCGAAAGUGAUGUUACUUAAGUAUUCAUUUUCCUGUUUUCUUUUUUAAUUCCAUUUGCACCGAUCCACAAAUUGUACAAACUAUCGUCGGGAUUCUAAUUCUGGGUCGCGAUCCACUUUCUCCUAUGGAUUAGUUUGUUAAAACCAAAAGCUAUGUAACUGCAAAAUAGUGGCUGUAUGUUGAAAACAGAAAAAAUGCGACUUUGCUAGCAGCAGCAUCGUCGAUCGUCUCUGUAUGUGUUUUAUUGAAAUUUGUUUACGUCCUGUUAAGUUAUGACUUUUGUCGAGGUACGAACAUUGAGGCGUUUUCGCAUAUACAAAUUAUGAUCACGAAUAAACUAUUUAAUGUACUCAAACUGA